AUGGACCUGGGCGGCGUGCUGAUGGCGGCCGCGGACGCGGGGGUGGGCGGCGGGGACCUGGGCAUGCUCGGAUCUAGGCUGCUCAAGCACGGGAGGGGCAAUGCGGCGGCGGCGGAGGCCGACGAGCACGGCUGGGGCAGCGGCAGGCCGCCCGCCAAGCAGGCCCGGGUCGCGGCCUCGGCCGCGUCCGGGGACAGCGACGCCGUGUCCGAGGCCGUCAAGGCGGCGGCACCCUACCUGCUCGGCACCUGCAGCCCCGGGCACGGCCGGGAGAAGAUGCUCAGCUUCUCCUCCUCGCAGCCGCCCUCCUGCCCCUCCUCCGCCGCCGCCGCCGCCGCUCAGGCCGCGCUGCCGCUCUACUACGGCACGCCCGCUUCUUGCUCAGGGUUGAGCUCGGUGAGCUUGAGCGCCAGCAUCCAGAACGCCAUGGCCAGGGUGAGGGGGCCCUUCACGCCGUCGCAGUGGAUGGAGCUGGAGCACCAGGCCCUGAUCUACAAGUACCUGGCGGCCAACAUCGCCGUGCCUCACAACCUGCUCGUCCCCAUCCGCCGGAGCGUCACCUCGCUCUACCCGUCCGCCUACUUUGGCUCCUCCACAUUGGGGUGGGGGCCUUUCCAGCUGGGCUACUCCGGGAGCGCGGACCUGGAGCCCGGGCGGUGCCGCCGGACGGACGGCAAGAAGUGGCGGUGCUCCAGGGACGCCGUCGCCGACCAGAAGUACUGCGAGCGGCAUAUGAACCGGGGACGCCAUCGUUCAAGAAAGCAUGUGGAAGGCCAGCCUGGCCAUGCCGCGAAAGCGAUGCCUGCGACGGUGGCGGCGGCUGCUGCCCAGCCCGGUGCUCUCGCCACCGGGGGCGGCGGCGGAGCUACCGCCGGCGCCGCCGCCAUCUGCCACGAGCAGCAGCCGUUGAAGAACUACGCCGCGAACACCAUUGAUCCUUGUUCACUGCAAUAUAACAGGGAAAUGGUGAGCAAGCAGCAGCAACACGAGUGCGAGCAAGUGCAGGACUCCGACACCCUCUCGAUGCUGACCUCCAUGAGCGCGAGGAACACCAACACGGGCAGCAUGUUCCCGUUCUCAAAGGAGCAUCACAAUCACAAUCCUUUCGAGGUGACGAGCUCAAGGCCGGACUACGGGCUGGUUUCAUCCGACUCGCUGAUGAGCUCCCCUCACAGCUCCCUGGAGAACGUCAACCUGCUCACCUCGCACUCGCAGCGAGCGCUCUCCAACGAGCAGCAGAGCUCGCUCUCCCUGCAGCACUUCGCGGACUGGCCGAGGACGCCCUCGCAGCAGGGGCAAGGAGGAGGAGGUCUCUCAUGGCCGGACGCCGAGGACAUGCAAGCACAUCAGAGGACCCAGCUCUCGGUGUCCGCCGCUCCAAUGGCGUCCCCCGACCUGUCGUCGGCCUCCACGUCCCCGAUCCACGAGAAGCUCAUGCUGUCGCCCCUCAAGCUGAGCCGCGAGUACAGCCCCAUCGGCCUCAGCAUCGCGGCGACGGCGGCGGCGGCGAAGGACGAGGGGGAGGCGAACUGGAUGCCCAUGUUCCGCGACUCGUCCAUGGGCGGGCCGCUGGGGGAGGCCCUGAACAAGAACAAUGGCGGCAACAUGGAGGCCAAGAACUACCUGUCGGCGUCGCUGAACCUCAUGACGGACGCCUGGGACUCGAGCCCGCUGGAGUCGUCCCCGGUGGGGGUCCUGCAGAGGACCGCCUUCGGGUCGGUGUCGAGCAGCACCGGCAGCAGCCCCAGGCAGGAGUACCACGGCGUGUAUGAUGGUAACCCGCGGGAUGAUCUCGGCUCCAUCGUCGUGAAUCACCCCAGCAUCCGCCUCAUGUGA